CCGAACAGAAUCUUUCUUCCCUUCUUUCCUCUACUUCCACUCUUGCCAUACCUCAAUCGUAAUUGUCCAUUUUUACACAAUGUUCCAGCGCACCAUUUUCAGACAAGCACAGGCCGCCCGGUCGGUCCUGGCUGCUUCUACCUCCACAUCUGCGGCGCCGCUCGCUCUCCGCCGGACAACACGGUUGCAGUCACAGCUUCCCUGGGCUAUGAGGCCAUUCGCUCCUCAGCCUGCUGCUCGCCGUCUCUACUCCACCGAGAAUAACGGAGAGAACAAGGAGGCCGCGAAGGAGGGCGAGGCUGCUGAGAAUGCCGAGGAGGAUCCCGUCCGCAAGGAGCUCGAGGAGAAGGAGAAGGAAAUCACUGAGCUGAAGGACAAAUAUCUCCGCUCCGUCGCCGAGUUCCGCAACCUGCAAGAGCGCACCAAGCGCGACAUGGACGCUGCCCGUAAUUUUGCCAUUCAGCGUUUCGCCAAGGACUUGCUGGAGAGCAUUGACAACUUCGACCGCGCGCUGCUGGCCGUGCCCGCGGAGAAGCUCAGUGCUGAGCGCACCGAUGCCAACAAGGAGCUGCUCGACCUCGUCGACGGCCUCAAGAUGACCGAGCGGACACUCAUGAACACACUCCAGAAGCACGGUCUGGAGCGAUUCGACCCCAGCGAGCAGGUUGAGGGCAAGGCUCAGAAGUUCGACCCCAACUUGCACGAGGCCACUUUCAUGGCUCCCUCUCCCAACAUGGAGGAUGGUGAUGUGAUGCACACCCAAAGCAAGGGUUUCCGUCUAAACGGACGUGUCGUUCGUGCUGCCAAGGUCGGCGUCGUCAAGAACGCCUAAUUUCCCUCCUCCUACUCAUAAUGUCUCGUCUACUCCCGUCUUCCUCCUUUCCUCAUCUUCUUUUUCUUCUCUCUGUACCAUAUAUCAUACGUCACGAUCACGAUAGGGAUUCGCACUCGGUUGCGGCUGGUUGUUGGACCCGGGAAAAAUUCACCUUUUCUUGAUGUUUGCUUGUCUCUUGGAUCUGUAUGAUACACCUUGUUCUGUGUUGCAUGUGACUGGAGGCGUCUGGAUUGUCUCGCGUUGGGGGAUCUUUCUUUACACUUUCGCGCAAGCAGUGUCUUCGGAUAAAACUCUCUUCUCAUCUCUUGUACAAUAACAAUAUACACCCUGGGCCAAAGCCUCCCGU